UUCAGUAGUUUCUUGUGAAUAACCACAGACAAGGUAACAUUUGAAAAAAGACCUGAAGGAGAUGAGGGAGUAUUCCAUGUAGAUAUCUAGGGGAAGAACAUUAUGGGCAGAGGGAACACCUUCAGGGCCCUAAGGAGAGAUGUACCUGAAGUAUAAAAGGGAUGAUAAGGAGGCCAGUGUAGCUCAGUGAAGUACUUGAGGUGAGAGGAUAGCGGGAGGUCAGAGAGGUAAAGAGGGGAUGGGGGCAGGGCAUUAGAACAGAGAAGACCAGUUAGGCUACUAUAAAGACUUGGCUUUUAUUUUUAAUGAAAUGGGAAGCUACUGGAGGGCUUUGAGCAGCGGAGUUAGAAAUAAUCUGUCUUAUAAUUUUAAAAGCGGCUGAAGUGAAAUAGAAGUGAGAGAGUGGCAAAAUAGAAGACUUAGGAUGCCAGUUAGGAGGCCACAACAAUACUGUUAGGUGAGAGAUGGUUGGUGAGAGUAUAGGUGAGAGAUGGUUGUGAGAGAUAGGUGAGAGAUGGUUGUGACCUAGACAAGAGGGGUAGCAGUGGAGGUGAGAGAUGGUUGUGACCUAGACAAGAGGGGUAGCAGUGGAGGUGGUGAGAAGUGGUCUAGUUCUGGAUGUGUGUUUUAAAGAAUCUCCCUGGAAAAAGAGACAUGAGUGUUUGCAACGAUACUUCCUGACAAGAAGUUGAUACCAGAGAAGGAAAGCGGAUUAACAGCUAGUGAGCAGAAUUUUGAACAACCAGGAUUUUGUAUUCAUCGCUUUUAACUACAGACGUUUAAAUCAGAGAUACCUACACUCAGAACCACAGAGCAAAAAGAUAAUUUUCUUCUGUAUUUUUUGAGAUCAAAGACACUGCAAUGUCUAGGAAACAAAGCCAGAAGGAUUCAUCAGGAUUCAUUUUUGAUUUGCAGUCCAAUACUGUACUGGCUCAGGGAGGAGCUUUUGAGAACAUGAAAGAGAAGAUAAAUGCAGUACGUGCAAUAGUUCCCAACAAAAGCAACAAUGAAAUCAUCCUGGUUUUGCAGCACUUUGAUAAUUGUGUGGACAAAACAGUACAAGCAUUCAUGGAAGGUAGUGCCAGUGAAGUACUCAAAGAAUGGACAGUAACAGGCAAGAAAAAGAACAAAAAGAAGAAGAACAAACCAAAACCUGCAGCAGAAGCAAGUAGCAGUAUCCCAGAUUCCAGUAAAUCAGUUUCUAUUCAAGAAGAACAGUCUGUGCCUUCCUCAGAGAAAGGUGGUGUUAAUGGUUACCACAUCAAUGGUGCCAUCAAUGAUACUGAGUCUGUGGACUCACUCAGUGAAGGUUUGGAAACACUUUCAAUAGAUGCCAGAGAACUGGAGGAUCCUGAGUCUGCCACACCAGAUAUGCUGGAUAGAACAGGAUCCAUGCUGGAGAAUGGUGUCUCUGAUUUUGGGUCCAAGUCCUGGACUAUGCACUCUAUUCAGAAUUCUCAACAAUCCAGGAAUGCUGCCAAAUCUCUCUCAAGACCUACCACAUCACCUCAGUUGUCAAAUCUGGGGAUGGAAGAUGUUCCCUUCUCCUCCACCAAUAAAAAGUUAGGUUCCAAUAUUGAAAAAUCUGUAAAAGACCUCCAGCGCACAGUGUCACUUGCACGGUAUCGAGUUGUAGUUAAAGAAGAGAUGGAUGCUUCCAUUAAGAAAAUGAAACAAGCUUUUGCUGAAUUGCAGAGCUGUUUAAUGGAUCGGGAAGUAGCGUUGCUUGCUGAAAUGGACAAAGUAAAAGCUGAAGCAAUGGAAAUUUUGCUCAGCCGACAAAAGAAAGCCGAACUUCUAAAGAAGAUGACUGAUGUGGCUGUUCGAAUGUCAGAGGAGCAAUUGGUUGAGCUCAGAGCUGAUAUCAAGCACUUUGUUAGUGAACGUAAAUAUGACGAAGAUCUGGGACGAGUAGCCCGGUUCACCUGUGAUGUGGAGACCCUAAAGAAGAGCAUUGAUUCCUUUGGACAAGUGUCCCAUCCAAAGAAUAGCUAUUCAACCAGAUCCCGAUGUAGCUUAGUUACAUCUGUGUCCUUGAAUAGCCCGAGUGAUGCCUCUGCUGCUUCCUCUUCCACCUGUGCCUCUGCUCCCAGCCUUACAAGUGCUAACAAGAAAAACUCUACGCCAGGAGAGAUGCCUGCAGCCACAGCACACUCCAGUGGCCGGCCCUACCAGCCGCACCGGGAGGUAUUGCCGGGGAACAGACGAGGAGGACAAGGCUACAGGCCACAAGGCCAAAAGUCCAGUGACCCUAUGAACCAAGGGCGACAUGACAAUGUGGGUCGUUAUAGAAAUAGCUCGUGGUAUUCAUCUGGUUCUAGGUAUCAGAGUGCUCCACCCCAGGCACCAGGAAAUGCUAGUGAAUGGGGCCUGGCUCACUCUGCAGGGACCAGCGGAACUGGAGUCAGCGGAGUCAGCGUGGAGCCUAGCCCACCCAAGCCUUCAUUCAAAAAGGGGCUCCCCCAGCGCAAACCCAGGACCUCUCGGGCAGAAGCUGUGAACUCUUGAGGAAAAUUCCAAUUGGCCUCUCUCCUCUAUCCCACACAGUUCAACCUGAUAACUGGACUUUAGGAAACUUACAGUUAGAUUUAAUAACAGAAAGAAGUUUAUGCAUACAACUUUUCGUGCCAUUCUAAA